CCUUUACUUACAUUGUAAAGUGGCCUCUAUUGCCCUACAGUUCCCAACAUGUCUGCAACAGUAGCAAGAGUUGCCGAAUGACAAGUGAAUUUAUCACUUAUUUAACGCUCUGUAGUUUCUACUGAAGGUACCAAAGAACCUGGAUUCUCAAAGUGUUCACUCUGCCUCACCUGUAAUACUGAAGCUGCUGCAUCACUGCAACAGGAAGUUCAGUUAAACACGUUAAAGGAAGGUAAGCUCCAUCAUGAGGCAUCUUUGGCCCAAAGUUUGUGUUUUAGGUUCAAUGUCAGCCGCUUUCGGUUCGGUCCUGUUUUCAGAGGAGAAUACUCAAUCGGACCGCGCUACACUGAGCAGCUGCUCCGCUGACACAGAGACCAGCUCUCCUUAUGAACUUAAACUGGUCCAAGUCCUGUUCCGUCAUGGUGCUCGGACGCCACUGAAGUCGAUACCUGAUGUGAUGGAGGUCCAGUGGGUUCCAACGCUAUUAGAACCUCCUGCACACUGCCACAUCAACUAUGUGGUGACAGAUCUUACUGGUGGUCCCAAGCCCCCGGCUCCUAUAGAGGACAACUAUCGGAAGAACAUACUGAAUGGUGGCACGUUCCCCGGUCAGCUGACCACAGUGGGCAUGCAGCAGCUGUACGAGCUGGGCAAGAGGCUGAGGAGGAGAUACAUCGAGGAGACUCAUUUCCUCAGCUCCACAUUCAGCCCAGCCGAGGUCUAUGUGCGCUCCACUAACAUUGUGAGGACCAUUGAAUCUGCUAAAUGCCUGGUAGCAGGGCUCUUCCAGCAAAAGCAGAAAGAAGACCCUGUGCCAAUAUUUACAACAGAGGCAGAAUCUGAAAUCCUGUAUCCUAACUACCAUGGAUGCAAGCUGCUCAAAAUCCUUGGCAGCCACCGCUGGGCAGAGUCGUCCACUCUGCCAGACAUUGCAGCCGACCUGCAGAGCAUCCAGAGCGCGCUGGGCAUCGCUGCUCACCAGCACGUAGACUUCAUCCUCAUUAGAGACGACAUGGUUGCCAGAGAGACGCAUGGCCUGCCCUGCCCACCAGAGCUCGACACCUGGAGGAACAAAGUGGAGCAGAGAGCUGUGGACAUGAUCUGCCAUGUGUAUCAACCAAACAAAAGGGAGAACUUGCAGCUGUGUGUGGGACCCCUCCUGCACACAUUGUUAUCCAACAUGGACGAGAAACUACAGGGCGCCUCAUCAGAGCUGAACAGAAAGUUGUUCUUGUACUCUGCACACGACACCACUUUGAUUCCCUGUCUGAUGGCUCUGGGGGUUUUUGACAUGCGAUGGCCACCAUACGCUGCUGAUAUCACACUGGAGCUUUACCAACACCGUCAGACGAGCCAGGCCUUCGUUAAAGUGUCAUACACCGGCAAGGAUCUUCUUAUACCCGGCUGUAGUGGACCCUACUGCCCCCUGGAGGAGUUCAAACAGGUCCUCUCAUCAUACUCACUGAGCUCUGAACUCUAUAAGUCACUCUGUAACAAAACUGAGGGCCUGAUCAAACCAUGAACCUCACAACACCACACCGACAGUUUCUAACAUCAUCAUGUUUUUUUCCAUCCUCACCGCUCACUCCAUCCAGCCACCAGCAGUCAUCAUACCUCACAGUCACACUUUUAGCAGGGGGAAACUGUUUAACGCACACGUCCUGGAUUACAGCCUCUUAGCUAGUUUUACAUCACUCUUUUGGUUUAUGAUUCAACAUGUGUUACCAUGGCAACAAAUUGUUUCAUAUAGGUAAUUAAUUUGCAGUUUGACGUGAAUGAUUUUUUCUGCACAGCUUUUAUAUCAAAUGCUGCUUGGAUAGAGAUAAAUGACUUAAUGAUAAAAAAGGCCGGAGAUGUUGAAAGUUUCUCUUAUGGUCAACACAUAUUUAAAAAAAAGUAAAGUAUGAGCCUCUUGAUGAAGAUGUAAUUUCAUUUUUCAUUUUCUAAAAUGGCUAAACCAAGAACUCAAACUGGAGUAAAAUCAGUCAUUUGUCUGGGACUAUUUUUAGCAGUGCAUUUAUACAAAUGAGCUUUUACUUUGUUAAAGAUUUUUGGGGGGCUUUAUUUGACAGGAGAGAUGCCGUAUGGGGGGGGGGUGACAUGCAUCAAACAGCUUCAGGAUCAGAAGUUGAACCUGCAACUAGUGCGAGGAGGAGUGUAGCCUUGGCUUGAUGACAUCAAUUUCUGCAUCUUAACGCUUAUGCAAAUCUGUAAUAUUCAACCAUUUCGUUCCUCAGGGGAGAACUCUUCAAUUCAUGUACUGUAUUAAAUGUUAAUGACCAACUGAU